GUAUUAAUUCACAUUCCAAACUAAAAGUAUACAAGCUAAAAUGGGCGUAUCCAAGAAAUGGUUGGGAAUCGUUCGAAGAAAAUUCCUAAGAUCAUCCAACAAAGACAUAACUCUCCAUCCAUGUAUAAGUGUUUGCACAAAUCAAAAGGAACAAGCCAUACUUGGAAAUGAAUCAACCACCACCAGAGAAAAUUUUAUCAUCUUGCCACCACCAGCUAUUAAUUCUUCAUUGACCAUAUUCACCAAAGAAGACUUUGCAGCAAUUAAGAUUCAAGCUUAUUUCAGGGGUCAUCUAGCAAGAAGAGCACAUAGGGCAUUGAAAAGCCUUGUGAAAUUGCAAGCAUUGGUUCGCGGGGUGUGUGUGAGGAGACAAUCGCGUAUAGCAAUGCAGUGUAUGCACGCACUUGUUCGUUUACAAGUCAAGGUUCGUGCAAGGCAAUUGCUCGGUAGCUUUGAUCAUAGUCGAUAAUAUACUAGAACUAAUCGGUAAGUAUAAUGAUUUUUCUCAUAUACGAUUUAUAUAAUAUUGAAAAGUGAAGGAGAUGAGAUGAGAAAGGAGUAGAGAUAAAAAGAAACGAGUGUGAAAUUGUAAGAGAAAGAAACAUAAGAAUUUCAAUGUGUACAUAUAUUGUGAGAAGUUUUAUUUAUUUAUUUUAUAUGCAUAUAUAUGAAUAUACGUUUGGAUUGUGUAAGAGCGAUUGUAUGUUUAUGAUGAGGAUUGAAGAUUUUAUUCUUAAUUUCGUCAAUUUUGAAGCUUGAUUAUUGAAAGUAAAUAUAGAUGAGGUUCACACCGGUGUAGAAAAGAAAUUUAAGAUUGGUUAUAGUGGAUCUUUUAAGUCGGUCAUAAAACAUGGUGUAAAUAGCAUGUUACAAGAAUUAUUGUUACAACAAUCCUAAAAGAGCAAUGUUAUUUGACUAUGUUUACUUA